GGGAGGGAAGGCGGGCGCGCGGCCGCCGCCAUGAUGCGGGCGCCGCCGGGGCUGUCGCGGCUGCUGCUGGCGGCGCAGGGGUGGGGGCGCCUGGGCGCCAUGUCCCGCUACAGCACGGAACAGCGGGGCCGGUCCAACUCGCCCGAUUACCGCCUCUACUUUAAGAAUGCAGAUGGUAAAUAUAUUUCCCCAUUCCAUGACAUUCCCCUGUUUGCUGGAUCUAAAGAGGAUAAAGAAAUUCCUGCAAAGAGGCCAAAGACUACUGGAUCUGAGGUCCUGUUUAAUAUGAUUGUAGAAGUGCCUCGUUGGACGAAUGCAAAAAUGGAGAUUGCCACUGAGGAGCCGUUGAAUCCCAUUAAACAUGAUGUAAAGAAAGGCAAGCUUCGAUAUGUGGCAAAUCUCUUUCCUCACAAGGGUUAUAUAUGGAAUUAUGGUGCCCUCCCACAGACCUGGGAAGAUCCAAGCCAUACAGAUAAGGUUACAGGAUGUUGUGGGGAUAAUGAUCCUAUUGAUGUUUGUGAAAUAGGUUCAAAGAUUCGUUCUUCUGGUGAGAUUGUUCAGGUGAAGGUCUUGGGUGUUUUAGGUCUUGUUGAUGAAGGAGAGACAGAUUGGAAGAUAAUUGCCAUCAGUGCAGAUGACCCAGAAGCUCAGAAAAUCCAUGAUAUCGAUGAUGUCAAGAAGCACAAACCAGGUUAUCUUGAGGCUACACUUGACUGGUUUCAGUUAUACAAAGUCCCUGAUGGUAAACCAGAAAAUCACUUUGCUUUUGAUGGAGAAUUUAAAGACAAGGAUUUUGCUGUUGAAAUUAUUAAAUCUACCCAUGAACACUGGAAAGCUUUGCUUCAUAAAAAAGUUGAUGGAGGUACUAUAAAGUGCACAAAUGUUCUGGUGAGUGGUAGCCCAUUCUGUUGCAGUGAUGAGGAUGCCCGAUCGAUUGUGCAGUCAGCACCAGCAUUUAUGAAUGGAGAUUCUGUUUCCCCAGAAGUUGAUUCCUGGUACUUUUUUCCCAAGUGAUCAUCAAGGUCUUCUGAAAGUGCAUCAUCAAAUCUUAAAAGUCAUCCCUUUUUUUGAAGACUGGCAAAAGCACUUGAUUGUUGGAUUCCUGUUGAAACAACUUUUCAACUUGUGUAAACCUUCUCUCAUGUAAAUAAACACUGCCAUUACAAAAUGAA